CUGCCCACACGGGCCGGGCGUGUGCCGGAGCCCUCACUGCGGUGUCAGUCCGGUUUGGCUCUGCCCGGUGUCCCCGCAGCCCCGGGUGCUCCCCGCGCUGCGGGCGGGGCCGAGGCCACGAGCCUCCUUCCCUCCCGCCCCGCCGGGGGCACAGCGCGAUGCGGGAGGUUCUCGGGCUGCGGGCGGACGUGUGGGGCUGCCAGGCAGGUCCUUAUUAUUAGAGCCUGACCUCCCGCCCGGCUGUGGGGAUGGGGCUGGAGCUGUACCUGGAUCUGCUCUCGCAGCCCUGCCGCUCCAUCUACAUCUUCGCCCGCAGCAACAACAUCCCGUUCGAGUUCAAGGCGGUGGAGCUGUUCAAAGGCUCCCUGCUCGGCGGGACCCCGGCGGCGAGCGGCGCGGAGCAGCGCGGAGGGCCGUCAAACAGCGAGGGAGCUGGCAAAGCCAGUCUCUUGAAGAAAGUACCAGCGCUGAAGGACGGGGACUUCACCUUAGCAGAAUGCACUGCCAUUCUGCUGUAUCUGAGCCGAAAGUACAACACUCCCGACCACUGGUACCCAUCGGACAUACGAAAACGGGCGCAGGUGGAUGAAUACCUCUCAUGGCACCAUGCAAACAUCCGGGCUAAUGCUCCUAAAACCAUGUGGAUCAAGGUGCUGAUUCCCCUCUUCACAGGACAGCCGCUGCCCUCCGAGAAGCUCCAGGAGGUUAUGGAAGGGCUCUCCACUUCCCUGAAGCAAUUUGAGGAGAGGUUUCUGCAGGACAAGGAUUUUAUCAUUGGGAGUGAGAUUUCUCUGGCAGAUCUUGUGGCCAUUGUGGAGCUGAUGCAACCCGUCGGAGUUGGUUGUGACGUCUUUGAAGACAGACCUAGGCUGAUGCAGUGGCGCAGGCGCGUGGAAGAGGCCGUGGGGAAGGAGCUGUUCUUCCAAGCCCAUGAGAUGAUCCUCAAUAUCAAAGAACUGAGCAACAUUCAAAUCGAUCCACAGCUGAAAGCGCAUCUAGCACCUGUGUUGAUGAAGAUGUUGAAAUGAAUUAGCCUAUCUUACUGUUUUUCCUGCCCUUGUUUUUUUUUAACUUCUCUGACCUCCAGUUCUGCAUCUAGCUGGGAAGAGCACUGUCAUCAGAACACUGAAAUUGCAGGCUGCUUCCCCCCUCCCCGUAUCUUUGGGGGUGAAAGCUGGGAAGGGUUUAAAACCUGAAAUGUUAAGUUUCUACAGAAGGCUGAGGCGCUACGGGUCACUUAACGCUUGUAUCUGGGGUUUAUUUCAGUGUCAAAUCUUCUCAGAGAUGAAAUGGUAUUUCCUGACAAAUUUGAGCCAGCCUAACUGGGCAUGUUAGAGAGCUGUACAGCGUGAGGGGCUUUGUUAUCAUGUGGGUUUGAUGUUUGCAUCUCUUUCUCUAGUGGUAAGCACUACAAAGCGUGCCUGAUCCUCACCUUCCCAGCUCACGUUUGCACAGACGAGUCCAGCGCAAAAGGUCCAGGCAGUCA